CGAGGAGGACCGAUUAGCAAAAGAGUCACGUUCAAUGAUACACGCUUACCAAAAACACGCAUUUAGUGUUAAGUUCCGAGCAUACGCGGUUGUGUUGAUUUAAUGGUGUUUAAAAGAAUUAAAUAAAUUAUGUAUUACAUUGUUAUACUAGCGCUGGUUGCCUUAUACCUCUAUGGUAUCCGAACAUUCAAUUACUGGAAGAAAAGGGGUGUUAAAAAUGAUCCACCUAUAGCAUUUGUAGGAAAUAAUCUUAACCAAUUCAUACAAAAAACCAGUAUGGCCACAAUGGCUGAAGAAACAUACCUCAAGUAUCCAGAAGAAAAAGUAGUCGGAUUUUUUAGAGGAACCAGGCCGGAACUAAUUAUACGAGAUCCAGAUAUAAUGAAACGCAUUCUUGUGACAGAUUUCAACAAUUUUUAUUCUAGAGGACUUAUGCCAAACACACAAGUAAUAGAACCUCUAAUGCAAAAUUUAUUCUUCGCUGACGGAGAUUUGUGGAAGCUAAUAAGGCAACGAUUUUCGUUGGCCUUCAGUACUGGAAAGAUUAAGGCCAUGUUUUCAUUUAUUACGGAAAGAGCAGAAAAAUUACAAUUGCUCGCCGACGAGGUUGCGAAACUAGAUUCAUAUGAUGUACGUGAAUUAAUGGCGAGGUAUACAACUGAUUUUAUUGGCGCCUGUGGUUUCGGCAUUAACAUGGACACAUUGAACGACAACAAUUCUGAAUUCAGAAAGUUGGGCCGAAGGAUUUUUAUACGCACACCGCGCGAUGCUACGCGUGGCGCAUUAAAAUUCAUAUUUCCAAAUAUUUGUAAACAUUUGCAUUUUUUAGCAUCUGAAUUGGAAGACUCAAUGAACUAUCUAGUGAAAUCAGUGUUGAAUCAAAGAAAUUACGAGCCAUCGGGGCAGAACGAUUUUAUCGACUUAAUGCUUGAAUUGAGAAAGAAAGGAAAGAUCGUCGGGGAAUCUUUGGAAGAAAAAAAUCCAGAUGGAACACCGAAAACGGUGGAAUUGGAUUUAAGUGACAGUCUAUUGAUAGCGCAAGUCUUCGUAUUUUUUGGAGCUGGUUUUGAAACGUCAUCGACAGCGUCCAGUCAUACGUUGCAUCAGUUGGCUUUUAACCAGGGCUAUCAACGAAAAGUGCAGGCAGAAAUCGAUAUCGUCUUAAAGAAAUAUAACAAUAAAAUCACUUAUGAAGCAAUAAAUGAAAUGAAGUGUUUGGAAAAAGCGUUUUAUGAAUCUUUACGCAUGUAUCCGCCUGUUGCUUUCUUAAUGAGAAAGAGCGCUUCACAAUAUACGAUACCCGAAAUUGAUUUGAUUAUCGAUAAAAAUGUAACAGUCGUUAUUCCAAUUAGAGCAAUAUUUAAUGACGCGAAAUAUUUCGAAGACCCUAGCAAGUUUAAUCCAGACAGAUUUACAUCAAGUAAAGAUAUGAAAAAUAGUGUGUUUAUACCAUUUGGUGAUGGACCACGGGCAUGUGUUGCUGCGAGGUUGGGGUACAUGCAAUCAAUGGCAGGUCUUGCAGCAAUAUUACACAAAUUUGACGUUGAAACGACACCAGAAACCAUUCUGAAACCAAAAUCGGAUCCAACGGGAAUCGUUUCAGAAAAUUUUAUAGGAGGGCUACCACUUAAGCUACGAAAACGAACAAACUGUACAUAGCUCUAAUAAUUAAACAUGUUUAUUAAUAACUGUGACAUUUUAUAUUUUUUAUUUUACAACAAAUGCAAUGGCAUUUCGUGCUAUCGGUGUCGUGUUUGAUUGCAUCGUUCUGCUUUUAUUAUGCGGCAAUAAAUUAGACACUAUAAU